CGUCGAAUCUGCUCCUUUUGCUGUGUAUUCCGGCCAGGUUGAGCAAACAGACCAUGCUCGAAGAAGCUAUAUUACUGUUUCUCCUUCCAGGAUCAUGGUUUCUACUGAUGUUCUUUGCCGGCGCAGUAAAACUAACCGGUCCAUUCGUGACCAUGAUAUACAGCAUGAUAACUGGUGAUAUGUUUACCUUUGGCAUCAUCUACUGCAUCGUUCUCUUUGGCUUCUCUCAGUCUUUCUACUUUCUGUACAAAGGAUUCCCCAAUGUGCAGUCAACUUUAUUCUCAAGUUACCCCAGCACGUGGAUGGCGUUGUUUCAAAUUACUCUCGGAGACUAUAGUUACACAGAUCUCGGGCAGACAACAUACCCCAAUCUAUCGAAGACAGUGUUCGCUUUAUUCAUGGUAUUCGUUCCUAUUCUGCUGCUAAACAUGCUUAUUGCCAUGAUGGGGAACACCUACGCUCAUGUCAUCGAGCAGUCGGAGAAGGAAUGGGUGAAACAGUGGGCGAAGAUUGUCGUGUCACUUGAGCGUUCAGUAUCUCAGGAAGACGCACACAAGUAUCUGCAGGAGUAUUCCAUAGGGCUGGGGCCUUCUGACGACCCUCGGUAUGAACAGCGAGGGGUUAUGGUCAUCAAGAGCAAGGCCAAGACUAGAGCUAAGCAACGGAAAGGCGCGCUGGCCAAUUGGAAGCGCGUGGGCAAAGUGACAAUAGCUGAGUUGCGUCGCCGUGGCAUGAGCGGCGAGGACCUACGGCGACUGAUGUGGGGACGGGUGUCGAUAUCCACUCCGACCAGAGCACCGCGCCCGUGAGUUUAGCUGGAUUUAUAUGACACACUGUACACUGGCUGUCACCC